AUGGAAACCGAUGCUGUGCGCUCUGUCGUGGUCAUGCUACCUCCCAAGAACUGCCUCCCGAGGAACUACAGCUGCAUAGCUGGGUUGUUCGGGAGCUUGACAGCAGACCCGAGAUUAGAAGACGAAGAGGGGAUGGAGCUGAACGGAGCAAGCGAGCCCAUCGAGAUGCACCAUGUGGUGGAUGAGAGACCAAGAGGACGUGAAUCCUUCCUCAAACCCCCGCAGAGUCCGAACCUGCGCCGCAGGUGCAAGUCUCUGCCGACCCCCAUAGAGAGAGCGAAGCUUGAGAUCUCCCGCAGCCGGAGUCCCUGCAGCCAGAAAAAGGUCCGUUUCGCCGACUCUCUGGGUCUGGAGCUCACCUCUGUGAAGCACUUUAAUGACACAGACAUGCCCGAUGUGCCGGAGCGCAUAAUGGCGAGAUUCGACAGGGGUCCCCUCCAUCUGAACCCAUUUGACAAGUUCCCCAGGGCACCGACCACCCAGUCAAGUUUUAUGGAGCUGCAAUUCAAGAACCCCGGGACCCUACCAGGCUUUACUGAGAAAGUGAAAGAAGUUAAAGUGUUGUUGGAGUGUGCUGAAGCCGACGAGUUCAGUCUGUCGGGCGUCGUGCGGGUUUUGAACAUGGCGUUCGAGAAAAGUGUCUAUUUGAGGUUCUCAAUCAACAACUGGAUAACCUUCAUGGACAGUCUGACAUCUUAUGUCCCCGAAUCAAGCGACGGUGUGACAGACCAAUUCUCCUUUAAGAUAAUCACACCAACGACGUUUCUGGAGAGCGGAGGCACAUUCCAGUUUGCCAUUAGAUACUGCGUUGGUGGAGAUGAGUAUUGGGACAAUAAUAACGGUUUCAACUACAAAGUGCGACGCCACAGGUUUAAGAUUUCCCCACCCCGUGAGUGGGAGGAUGGCUGGAUUCACUUCAUCUAA